GAAUUUCUAGUUUGUGAAAAUAAAACAGGUAGUUUAUAAACAUUGUUUUAAAAAUUUUGGAAAUCGAGGUGCAUAAUUAAUAAAAUGGGCUCCAACAUGAUGGAUCUUGUAUCAACAAAUAAAUACACAACAGGGUUAAAUUUUGGCAACCACACUAAUUUAACACCAGUUUCCAAAGCUCUGAUCAAAGGAUGUGCCAAAGACAAGUGCUUAUUUCAAACGUGUAAUUGGAGAUGUACCAAAGAAGCCCUGAAGGAACACCUCCUGGAAAGCCACCAAAAGAACGUGUGCUUUGGAAAGAAAAACGGGUGGACCAUCAAUUUGGAUGAAGUGUCCUGGAAGGAACCUUACAUUGAUGCCAUCAUUGUAAACUCAGAUAUUUUUGGUCUGACAGUUAUGUUGGAGGAGGAUGUGUUACGGUUCAAUGUGGAAAUGUUAAGUCAAAACUUGCACAGAUAUUUUUCCUUGAAAGUCACACUUUUUGGUGAGAAAUGUCAGGAAUACACUUGUUACUGUUUUAAGAACAAAAGUGAUGAAUCGAAUAUUGAUCUCAAGCUUGAUUAUGACUUGGUAAAUACGUUUUGUGCAGACAACUGUUUAAAAUAUGACGUUACCAUAUUUGAAGACAAUUUAUGUUUAUAGAAGUAAAUUAUUUAAAGGUAAUCUCAUUAAAUUUGCCAACUUGUUUUACCAGACAGUAUUACGAAAAUAUUUAUUUAUAAUUAUUCCUUAGUUUUAUGCUUGUAAUAAAUCAUUUUUACUAAUUUACAAAAUAUUAAUUUAAUGUAUUUAUAAUUAAAUUUAUAUGUGUAAAAAAUAAUCUAAUAAAUUAAUUUAUGCAA